AUGUCGUCAACAGAGACACCAACCACACCCACACCAUCCAACCCCGAGCCGGACACUCAAGUCAUAGACGAUUUCGUACCACUCCCUCCCCCAGACCAACCAGAAGCCUCUCCAUAUCUAAAGACCGAGGGCGUCUUCGGGCUCUACGCCUUUUUCCCCGCCUCCGACGCCGAGCUCUUAGCCAUCGCACGGGCGUGCCACGCGGGCCUCGUAGCGGAUGGCGCCUGGGGCGGUCCCAACGGGCCUACACAGAACGUACUCCGGCCAGCCCCCAAGCCGCUGUGGCUGGGGGAGGAAGAGGCCACGGUCGAGCGGGUCGUCGCGUACCACCGCGACGUGAUACUGCGGUCGCCGGGCUGGGGCGGCGCGUUCUUUGAUAGAGGGCACAUGGUGAUAGCGAAGACGCCGGAUUGGCGGACCGAGGGCGUGACGAUGGUGAUGGUGGAGGCCAUGUGGCUGCAGGAUAUCGAGGAUGCGGGAGAGGCGUAUAAGCGUGGAUGGGAUGAGUGGACUUUCAGGCCAGGGGCGGUGGGGGAGGUGAUCGCGAAUCUGCAGAUUGGUAAUAUGUGCUGGAGGGAGUUUACUCAGAUGGAGAGCAUGCAACCUGAAGGGAAGAAGCCGGACCAGAGAAAUAGGAAAAGAAUGAUUGAAAUGUUGGACGAAGGCGAAGAGGACGAGAAGAGGUGGGCAGAGGAGUUGGCCAAGGAAUAUGAGGAGAGGGAUAAGUUGGUCAACCAGUAUUGA